AUGAGCACGCUCAGUUUAUGGAGCCGUUGGGACUCUCCCGAUACCGGUAAGUCAGGGCUUGCUGUUAAAAAAAUACUGGGUAUAUGCACUAUUUACUUACUUUUUUAUGUCAAAUUUCGAAAUUUUUUGUGUCCCAAAAAACUCCAAAUUUCUACGCUGCCUACUCAUUUGUUUUGAAAAAAGAAAUUCGUAGAUAAUCCGUAUGGUGCUUCCAGUUAAUAUGUAUUUAGCCGAUUCCGUAACUGGACCCCUUGCGCGCGUGCCUUCCCAAAAUAGGUUCACAAAAACAAACAGAAAAAAUAAUCAGCGGAUCAGAUGACUCUGCCUCUCAGAACCAAAAAACAUCACCUCUCUUCGAACAAUCGAGAAACUUCUUUCCGACGCCAUCGAAGCUCCUCGGACUGUUCUAUUCGAGAAGAGAGUGAAUGGUAGGCAUUUCAGAAAUGAAGAGAAUCACAGAAAAACAAGAAAGUUUCAGCGUUUGAUCCCUCGUUUUACGAUUGUGUUUACUCAAUUGCCGACUCUUCGGAAACUAUAACCGAACGAUGCUAUAGAGAUAUUGGUUGUUGUGCAAGCGGAUGUUGUACGAAUACUGAAUGGUUUCAGACUUUCACGACAGGUUUUCAUGAAACAUGCAUUCUUUCAGGCAAGAAAAGUACGGAUGGGCAGUCGCACUCAUCUGUAUGUUUUCUCUUGUUGUCAUUACGACUGUGAUCUGCUGGAUGGGAAUUUGGCUUUGCAACCGGAGAAAAGAUAAAAAUCAGAGAAAAGAACUGCUCAAGUUCGGAAGCUCUUCUUCUGUUUCCAAUGUAAGUUCAGCGAAACAAUCCUUCGGGAAAAAUAGAAAAUGUUCAGAUGUCGUUCGCGUACCCGAUUGCCAACGGACAUUAUCAUUUUGGAACCGGACCAUUCCAAUCUCCACCUCUAAAUUAUCCAACCAAAUAUUGA